AUGUUUUUAAGCUUUGUUAUCAUUUUCGCAAUGCUUGUGGGUGUUAAGAGGGGCCACGUUAGUAUUCGGAUUGCGUGUGUGUGUGUGUGUGUGUGUGUGUGUGUGUGUGUGUUUAACCAAAGGGAGGGAGAGCCAAAUUCUGAUAUUGUAAGUACUUUGUACAGUGAGAUGAAUAGUCUGAGCUUCCUAUUGCCAACGGAAAGAAAAGUGGGCCAAGAGGCUCUUACGUUACAAAAGGACUGGGAAAGGAGUCCACUUCCUAGUUCUGCUCCCAAUGAAGGCCUGGGUGUUGGGGUUAACCCCGAGAACCCCGGGGAGGCCGGGCAGAGGCCAGGCUGGGAGUCAGGCACCUCCCGUGGAUUCUGCUCUCACCUCUCCGUGCCCAGGGAGACUGCUGGAUUCAUGUGGCUACAGGGCAGCAGCUGGAGGUUCGCUCUUUCACGGACCAUUUUAUGUGGCUAA